CAGCAGAAAAGCAAGUGAGCUUCAGUGGUGGCAUUCAGAAUCGCCGGACAGCAGUCCUUCAGUGGUUGUGGUGUACGGACACCCCCUUAAAACGGUUUCCUGCACAACGCAAGGUCAGCACUCAAACCCGCGGUGGCACGCGAUACUGCGAGGCUGCAGUGGCCAUCCACGGGGUUGACAGCUGAUAGCCUCGUUCGUUGCCAGAUAGCCGGCACACACAUCCAACUGCCCAGCAUUUUCGCUUUUUCCUCCAGGGAACAAUCAUUCGUUCCAGUACGCGCGUUGCAAACGUGUCACUAGGAAAAGUGAAUUUGUGCAGGUGACGCCCUGUCAUUGCUUCGCGCUGGCUGUCCGUGACCGAGAGAGUCUUUGGUUUCCGGAUCUUAGCGUAGCGCAGGGAGCUGGCGCCCGCAGUGAGGCACGAGGCUCAAAGCAGUCCUCAGAUUCUCAGCACAGAAGUCAUUAUAUCGAAGAACGUCGUCAGCAAGGCCAAUGCAGCGCCUGUGUUCAACGGAAAAAGGCGAGCGUGCCUCGUCUUGCGCGCGGACACUGCGCUCAGUAAAUCCCUGGCGCCCCGUUUCGGGGACGUCGUGGCAACGAGCGGUCCGGGGUCGAUUGGAAACCCCGGGGGUCCUUAAGAAGAACCCUGUGUCGGAACUUCUGUAUUAAAUGCGGUAUUUUUUCUUCCACAGUGUUUGCUGUUACCACACCCAACAGACAAUGCGUACGGAGACCCAAACCCGUCUCACUCGGUCUUUUGCCCCCAGUGAGAGGUGACAGCUCGACGGCGCACACCGGUCUUGAGUUUGGGUUGGAGCUCUCUCGCGAAACCGCCGCAGUUGCCGUCGGCAAAACCCCGCGUCAUUCUCACGUUGCCGUUGCUGUGUCAACAUCUUUGCCAGACUCUCAUACUCCGUUUUCUGCACUCUUCUCCUCUUGCUUGCCUGGGGUUUCCUGGGUGCCUGGGAAACAGGAACGAGAGAUGCAGAGCCGAGCCUCCGUUAUUGCACCUGCCUUCUCGCCUUCAUCCCCUCUCCAUUUCUCGAGUACCUACAGGUGUGCAGGUUCGGUGUUGUCUUCCAUGAAUUGAAUCAGGUGUCAAAUGCUUAUGUUCAUGUUCGAAUUAAAGACCGCAGUGCCCCUUGAUUGCCGCUAGGGAUUCUCAUCCCCUUCGCUCUUACAUCUUCCAGCGACGAAGCGUUCUUUCACGCAGCCUUCAGUGUAGACACUGCAGUGCCCGACGCGGUUACACAGGUGUCGCUUACUUUUUUGGUGAGCUGUUGUGUGAAUGUCGGCGAGAAACCGGCGGCGUGUGGUAUGUGCUUUUCCGGGACAUUCUUAGCCGUUGCCACUGGUGCAUUGCAUCUUCCACGUCCGCCGUCUGGUAUCCCCAUUAAUUUUUCUCAGUGAGUUACUCAUUUCAAGGAUUCGUUCCUCUAUAGCGCUCUCUCCAUCUUGAAAGCGCGCCGCGCCUUUCGCUUGACGCAGUUUAUUCGUGCGCUCUUGGAGCCUCGUGCUCUCCAGGGCGGCUAUGCGUCUCGCCUCACUGCAAAAUAUAGAGGAUUCGCGGAACAGGAAGAGCUCUGAUAUGUCUGUGGGUGAUAGGCAUCUGUUCCCGCCCCAACUCUCUCCGUUUCUUGGUCUGAACACGAUACGAGAUUCCAUUCUCUCCGCAACUAAGAACUUCACCGCAUGCAAUUGGGGAUCGACACCGGCUCUGCUAGAAGAUCGUUGCCCCUGUGGGCUUUUUCUCUUCUGUGAAUCGUGUUUCUUCAGAAGCAGAGGCGAGUUAAUACUUCUGGGGGUUUCUGAGUCUUAGAAGUUUUCUCCUGUCGUGUAUCUGCCCAUGAUGCCGCCUCUAGAGUUCGAAGAAUCGUUCGAGGUGACGCUCUCGCACGAGGACUGUGCACCUCCGUCCCUUUCAGAAGGUGAGGAGCCUGUCUCUUCUCCUGGAGAAGCCGGUGGAAGUAGUGAAACAUGUCAACAGCUAAGAGACUCAGGAGACAGCGAAGAAGGGGCGGAGUCUGCAAACAGAAAAUGCAGUCCACGUACGGAUCAGCAUUCUGCCUCUUCCUCCCUCCUUGUUCCUUCAUUAGUACACAGUGGCAAGAAAGAGAGCAGCGAGGCUGGUGACACGCCUUCGGCUUUCUUCUCGAACGCUACGGUCGGUCCUGACGACGGACAGCAAGAAGCAGAUACGAAAAAGGAUGAGAGUGGUGAAGAAAGGCGGAAUCUUUCACCAGUCGAAGGACUCAGUUUGUCGGAUACGGUGAAUGAAACACGCUCUGGGGGACACCAGGAAUAUCUGGAGCUGACACAGCACCUGCAGCGAUCGGGGACAGAGAAGAGCGAGAGCAAAGAAAUGGCAGAAGAUAGGUCGAGAGGCGCUCUGUCCACUAUCGCGUCAAAUCCUGUCCAGAGGCGCAGUUCGUCGUCUCUCCCUGCCGACCUGAGCGCGUCUGCUUCUUACUUUGCGGAAACCGUUUCGACUGCGGAGGAAAGGCAUGCAGACUUCACUUCGCCGUCUCCGAAGGCCGCAGGCAUGUUCGCGCACAACUUCAAGGUGUCUCCAAGGGUCAACCAGGGCCCCGUCGUUGGGAUGUCUGCCGCAGCGUCUCCAGAGAACCGGAGCGCUUCGCACUCGGAGACAACUCCCAGAGUGAUACGAGAUAAGCGGACACUCCACGAUGUGAAGAAGGUGGCAUCGAAGAGCUCGGCUUCCUCGCCUGGGGUUGUGAAGACGGGAAAACUCACGAACGGUGGAGGAGAAGAGAAGUCUUCUUCCUCGCCGCGCUUGCAGAAACAGAAGGCAUCCUCGAAAUCUACCGACGCCGGCCGCCUCCCCUCUUCCUCACAGCCACUGCGCACGGCUGCGGCGAAGUCGGGGAAUUCUGGAAACACUCAGUCGGGCGAGACGACGAGGGCGGCUGCGCUUAAGUCUGCAGGUUCCACGCCACUGACGGUGAAUCCCGGCAGCAAGACAAACCUUGGCGAGACAGGAGAGACGCCAAGAAGUUCCCGCGGCAACGCGAGGGGCGAAGGGGACUCAAGCGAGUCAAGGGGAGGCCCCGAAGUGGGAGCAACUGAAGGCCCCGUCAGAGGGGGCGAGUUCCCUUCGCAGAAGACGACUACGAAAAACGCUUCUUCAGCAAAACAAGGGAAAUACAAUGCGCUGCAGAAGUGGCAAUCGUUCUCGAGCUCUGUGACUCCCAGGUCGUAUCCAAACUCGACAGGCGCAGCGAUAUUAGAAGACCGGGGUCCGAUGUUUCGGUCCGCGUUUUCAAACGCCAUCGCCAGCCCUAGCGCGCGAAACAGCGACGAAAGACGCUCUUCGCCUUCAGGAGAAAAAUGCUUCUUCAGACCGCUUGAACGCGCAGAGUCCGCACCCAGCGUCGUGGCUUCGAAGCCGUGCACAGCCAUGGAAGCGGCGAAGCUCGCCUGGCACCAACAAAAGAUGGCCAGCAUGUCUGGGUUCUCGAGCCUCUCCCCGUGCCGCCAGAGCAGCUGUCACAGCAUGGCUGACGCGCAUGCAUGUCGACGGGUCUGGAACGCGAAGGGAUCCGGGUCUGGCGCCCCGGGAGGGAAGGCAAGGGGCGCCGCUGCAGCUGUUCGCGGUCGAGGCGGCGUCUCUCUGCAGUUUUUGCGCACCAUGGGCACGAAGGCGGCUCCCCCUGGAGGCACAACUGGGCAGGCGCCGGCCUCUGGCUCCGGCCAGCCUGCUGGGGUCGAAGGCGGCUUUGCAUCGCAGUUCAAGACUUUGGUCAGGAAUUUAUCUUCAGGAUUUCGAGGUGUAUCUGGCACGGACCAGAGCGACUCUCUGGAAUGUUUCACUGAUGCGUCUGGAGACGAUGUCCCUCAGAGAAACCCCUCCCCGCCUCGCCCCGUCGCAUCCAGCACCUCCAGCGUCGCCGGUGGAUCGGCAGCACCGGGCCGGGCGGCUUCUGGGAAGGUCUCUGCGCCGCCUGGCCCGUGGACUCCUUUCACUCAGUUGUUCGUCGUGAAGAUGCUGAAACAGCGGCAACGAGUGAAAGGACAAGACGUGUCGCCUCAGGAUGCGAGAGGAGAAUCUGCGGUGUUGCAUGCGAGCUCAAACAACUCCCUCGCUUCCUUGCAGUCGUGUAGGUCUGGCGCCUUGACCCAGAACCUGGCUUCUCGGCUCGCUUCGGGAAGCCAGAGUCGGUGGGAGGAGAAUGACGAGGCGCGCAGGUCUCAUAUCAUUUCUUGGGACUCGAGGAGUCCUCUCACCGCUGGCCGAAUACCGUCAAGGGCGCCCAACUCGCCCCCUGCGAACCCGGCGCUGGACGUGGACCCGAGAAGGUGCACCCCGAGUCUUUAUCCUGCACAGUUGCCUUUGACACCGCUAGAACAGGCAUUCUUGAGCCCUUUCGAGCAAAAGUGGGGGCAGCCGCACUCGGCUUUGAUCUCCCGCUCGACCCCGAGGAUUUCGUCCUACGCUAUCGGCGGGCUCAGCCCCCAGAUGUUCUCCUUCGUCAAGCUGCCGACUUCGAGCAUGUACAGACAAGACACACAUGCAAGUGCCAUCCACAGACUUCGGGCGGAGGUGAAUCCGCUACGGCUUCUCCGGGGGGACACACAAACGCCUCCCCGCUUCUCUGGAGUGUCCCCGCUCCUCGAAACCGUGAUGGGGGAAGUUGAGAGGGAGUACGAAACCCGUUUGGCGGCUGCGCGAUCCCGAUCGAGGAGUCGCAGCUCCGUACGCGCAGGCAGUGGCUCGACGACUGUCGAAGCGUCAGGGCCCUGGGCCUCAUCCGACGACACUUACGGCCUGUACGGAGAGACCAGACUGAUGGAGAGGAAGACACAGAGAACGACAGAUCUCGACGAUAUACGCCGCGCAGACGUCUCCCAGCGCUUUCUUCUGACGUGUCUCCUUUUUUUGAGGAGCAACAACGACUCUGUGACCAUCUGGCAAGAGCUGGACGAAUGCCGCCGCGAGCUCCGUGCACUUCUGGCGACUCGGAGACAGCUCGAGCGCGCUGACGUGCGGUGGGGCCGAAGACAGCGCAGCUCAGACAGCGAUAAGUCAGGAGCCAGAUCCAGUUCGCAGCGUUCUGAAACUCAGGGCGAGACACACGGCCUGAGUCCAGGAGACAGAGGACAGGCUUCAGAUAACGAAGCGCUGCAGACACCCGGAAACGACGACUCGCGUGAGAAGCAGGGAUGGGCGGCGAAGAAAGAGGGGCAGGGUGGCGGCUCUGAGAAGAGGAACGCAGACUCUGGGGAGGUGGAUGUUGGAAGUUGUGGAGCAGUGAAGAUCCCAGCGGUCACCGCAUCGGAAGGACAAGGCAAGGAGGCAGAAGGCGAGUGUGAGGGUGAGAAGCUGACUGCUGUGAGAAUUCCUGGCGAGAAUGAAGUCGACAAAAAGCCGCCAACACAUAGGAGGGCGGAAUCGGACGCAUCGGAGACUUCAGAUGGAGACAGUGAGCACAGAAUCGAUGGCCUGUCUGACACUCAUGAGGACGACAGCGAAGCUAGGUUUCCAUACGCGACCUCCAUCGAAGACAUGUCGCCGUUUGGAGCAUGCGAAGAAAGUAAUGCACUCCGGAAGUCAAAGAAAAGACACGCAAAACGCGGGCGUCGUUUACGGGACCUUGCACACACACGCUCGUUUCGCCCUGGGAACAAAGCGGGUGGCAGUGAAUACGGCAGUUGGGAUCACGAGUUCAACGCGACAGAAGCUGCUGCGGAAGCCAUCUUGAGGCGACUCCGCGUCAUUUCAGAAAGAAGCAAAACAUGUCCAACACUGCGGACACAACAGAUUUCAGAGCAGUGUUGGACGGAAGGAUCUCUCUUCCCCCUCCUGCCUCUUCUUCUCAACAGCUGUCGAAACGCAGUCCCUCCCACUGUGGCUGUUCCAGUUGUUGCUGCAGCCUACGUCUUGAUUCUGUCUUCGCUGCUAGUGGCUCGGCUUCAAUGCUGCCAGGCCGUAGCCGAGUGUUGCCUCCUCGUCCGGCACUUUAUCGACCCGUUGGCCUUGACUUACCGACGAAACUGGAUGGACGCUGUGCGCAGUCUGGAGUCCGACAGGGCCCGUCUGGAGUAUCUCCGGGAAAAGGAAGCGCUGCAGAUCGUCCGUGACUCUCGUCACGCGUUUGUAGCGAUUCUCGCAGCAGUCUAUCCCUUUGACUUUUUGGUGUCGCCUGAGGUGCUGCUGCGUCUGCAACAGAGUGAGCUGCUCAAUGGCGAAGAGGAGAAGAAGAAAGGUAGGACCACCACACCGGAAGCAGGUGCUUCACAAAACCACCCAGACCUGCCGCUGCCGUGCCGCACUCGACGCGAGAGGCGCCGUGCCUCCGGCGCCCGCGAUCGGGGCCUCACGCGCCAAGGGCCCGACCUCGAGACCACAAGCCCGCUGUCGGAGACAAACCUGGAGCGGUUGAAAGAUGAAAGACUGAAGGAAUUGCAGGUUCAAAUCGACCGCCUCAACCGGCGAAUUGACUGGCUGGCGGAGCGACAGGAGGAAAUUCGGGAAGCCGUAGAUGAGAUGCUCGCGGAAAUGGUCGAGCUCGACCACAUCGAGGGGGAGGUGAUGGAGGAAGUUGCAAACGCCAGGGCAAAGAGUCCCAAGCGCCAGGACGAAACGCAAGGCCUAGGGCUGCUCGACGGAGGCUCCUGGAAAAGAAAGGAGAAAGAAUCGCCCAGUGAAUCGCUUGCUCAAAUCGAAGCACGUCGCAGCGAGGUGGAAGAGCAAGUCCUUCAAUUGAACGACAUGUCGAAGCGAGUCGGGAAAGAAUUGAGCCGAGUCCAACACCAGCGCGAGGACCUUCUUGUGGCGGUCAAAAGGCGGCAGGAGGAACUGCAGAAGAAACUCAAGGCACGCCAGAAGGCGCAAGAACAACUCAGGAAGGACGAAAACGCGCACAAAAAAGGCAAAGACGUUCCACAAGUCUCUAGCGCAACGCCAGCCAGUGGUAUGAAAACGCCUGACGCCCAGCCGCGUGGGGCUUUCAGUGGCACCUCCUCGACACCCUCUCGCGCUCCCGCCCACCGCGGCGGCAUUUCUUGGAGAGCUGAGGGGGAAGUUCGAUGUCUUGUGGAAAUGACGGAGUUGGUCCUGAAGACAAUCCAGUUGCAGGGGUGCGGAGACGACAGAGAUGAUGAGUCGACUACAGGACGCCCCCGUUUUCUUGAUGAUGCGGAGGUGGCCUUCGUGGACAGGCUGCAAAAUGACCGAGACUUCGGUGCGUUUUUUGUUGGAGAUCCAGUUGAAGCAAAGAGCCUAAAAGAGAGGGACUACGGACGGUAUUCAACGCCCGUCGGUAAGAUGUCCGGAAAGUCCCUGGACAGGCCGGAAAGCGUCUACUCUGAGAAUGCGAUCGCGCAGUCGACCGGCGAUGCUGCUGAGAGGGACACCGGAAAAUGGAGACCUGAUAAACUCUGUGACGACGUAGCAGCGCAAGGUUUUCUCCAAGCAACGCAGCGCACCUUCCCGUUUAACCCUUGGGACGUACCGAACCCUCAGGUUGUCCGAGAGCUUUUCAAGCUCAUCGACGAUCCUUUGAUUACGGUGCGUCUUACAAGCUCCAAGGUCGCAUCAAUUGCCAUGGUCGCGUCUUUGCAGCCGACUGGCAUUGCGGCGUGGAACCUGCUAGAUCAACUUCUAGGUGGACCCCAGCAAUCGUGCUGUGACAGUGACGGAUCUUCUUGAAGCAGGGCUCGGUAACGUGGCGAACGUUCGUGCUUGAGACCGCGAUUUCUAACCGAUGCAAAAAGCAUCAUGACACCCUAUUUUUGAACAGUCACCUGGCAAAGUGACACCCGUGACAUUCGAUUGGACGUUUUAGACUACUACCUCAGUAGGUCCUAAGAGCACAAAAAUGUAGUUCGAGUUUCUAGGAACUUUAGCAGAAUCCACGGGAAAUAAUUUUUUCAAAACAGCAAUCAGUAUGUGUUGUCCGCUUCACCAACCCUUUACAACGUUCUCACUUCGUUCUGGUCAACGGCUCAUGACUGCUUCGAGGGUCGUUGUGGUGUUGUCUCGUACGGGGAUGAGACAGAGGGACCAGAAAAUGGCAGUGAAACUGCAUGUGCUCGCGGGAGUGUCUUCCUCCAGUUGGUGGGUACCAACCCGUGUCAUUGUUUUGUCGUGCUGGCGAAUGGGGGGAACGAGCUGUGCGAAAACGAGAAGUCGUCAGGCAAACAAGGCGAUGCUACGAUUUUGUGGUUUCCGCAGAGUAACCUUGUUUCAGGGGGUGCUGAGUGCAGGUGAGCUACAUCCAUACACAGCUUCUCUAAUAAUCGUAAAUUGAGGGGUUUUGUCCACUUUGUUUGAAAAGAAUGUGUUCUACACGAAACGAUUUAGUGGUUUUUAAGACGCUUGGAUGGACUGGCACCGCUCAUUGCGACCUCGUAUACUUUCGUCGACAAGAUGCUCGCUACAGAUCUCAAGGUAAAUCUUCCUCAUUUAUGUGUCAUUCUCAAAAGGAUAGAGCGCAC